AUUCGAUAGCAUACUUUAUAUUGUUAAAAUCCGAAGAGAUUUGUUUUUCCUUAUAUUCGCCUUCUAUUAUUUCAAAAAAAUCAAAAAGGGAAAACCUCAUCAAUCAGCCUGGGAAUAUAAAGUCAACAGUCAACAAUGAAACCAAAGUUUUGAUAAUCGAGUCUCUCGUCUUGUAGAUCGAGACUGGUUUCGACAAUUUCGAGAAGAUUUUUAUUUUGUGCUGAAAGGUUCGGGUGGAAAUAAAACGGCGGCCUAUCACUGGGAGUCAACAACGUUGAAAUAAUGUCAAGCUGACGGAUCUGUAUAAAUUCAAUGCUUUGAAAAUAAUACCAAGUUUUAAAUUUGAAUAAGAAAAAGUUAUGGAAGAGGACAGGAAAGUCGGUGUCUCUCAAGAUGAACUUAUCAUCCAGCAGCACAGAGAAAUUGAGAAGGAGAUUUCAGACAAAAUACCUUUGGUCGGUUCAAAAGAAAAUCUAGGAUGUUUGAUCCACGAAUACAAAAAUGACGAGAUCUAUCAAAAUAAAGUUAAAAACCUUUGUGGAAAGUACGAUUCUUUCAGAAGGACCAGGCCGGAUGGCAACUGUUUCUUCAGGGCAUUUGCAUUUGCUUAUCUCGAGCAACUUUUGGACAAGAAAGAGGAGUAUGAAAGUUUCAGAGAACUGGCAAAACGGAGUAAAGAAAAGCUAAUAGCUCUUAGUUUUCCUAAGUUUACAUUAGAAGAUUUUCAUGAUGUUUUUAUGGAAGUGGUUAACAAAGUUGGAAAAGGUCAAGAAAGUGCUAAUGAGCUGUAUAAAAUGUUUAAUGAUCAAGGCUACUCUGAUUAUGUCGUUGUGUAUUUACGCCUUAUUGCAUCUGCUCACCUUCAAGAGAAAACCGAUUUUUAUCAAAAUUUCAUUGAAGGGAAUCGAACUGUUGUCGAUUUCUGCCGUCAGGAAGUCGAACCGAUGUACAAAGAGAGCGAUCACAUCCAUAUAAUUGCACUGAGCUCUGCGCUCAAUGUCGGAGUAAGGGUGCGCUACAUGGACCGUGGUGGUGUGUCUGAAGUUAUUGCACACGAUUUUCCAGAAGGUUGUGAAGACCCAAUUGUCCACUUGCUUUACAGACCUGGCCAUUAUGACAUCCUCUACCCUUUGGCACAGUUACCUCAAACGUGAUAAAAUCAGCUGCUGUUGUGAAUCAGUCUUCUGACGAACUUACGUUUUGCUGAAUGCCGACGAUGAUUCUACAGAUCUAAGAACUUAGAUGCUACUUAAUAUUUCCAACUUUAUUUUUAAUCGGUAGCAAACAAAUUCUCGUUAAAUAUUAGGAAAUUGUACUAUAUUCUUGUUUUUACUUGUAAUAUUUCAUAAGUUAUCUUUUCUUGGCACUAUUUUUUUUUUGUUAUUUUGAUUUUUUAAAUCUUGUAUUUAGCUAAUAUGAAAUUAUAAUCACUGAAUUCAAUUUUACAUACUAAUUCUUUUGUGAUAUGAGAUGAUGUGUAGUUUUUUAUAAUUAUAAUAAUAAAACUUUACAGUUGCUCUUUUAUA